GUUGGGUUUCGCGGACGCGGCGGCACGUGAUUCUAAUGGCCGCUGCUUUACGCGGAGGUCCGCUGCGACUUCACCGCUCCCCGAGCAAGCAGCGUCCGCUAAGGAUCCGCUUUUCGGAAAGGGCAACUUCUGCACGGGACAAGGGAGUUGCAUCGCGACCGAACCGUCUCGGGUAGAACUCCAGCCGAGCGCGAGGCACCGGUAGGAGGAGUCAACAGGUUCCAGUGGAGGGGGUUGAAGUUCAGGGGUUCACAAGGGAUGCAAGAAGAGCGUUUACACAGUGACGUUGUGGAGUUGGUUGGCGAGACACUGAUUGGCUGUCCAGGGUGUUUUUUUUUGAAGGAAAAGAAGACGCAGAUCGAAUGGCUGUUGGCUUCUUCACCAUGUGGAAUAGAAUCUUCUAGAAGCUUCAUGUGAGCUUUGGCCAUCACGUCUAUGCGGAGGAACUCUCGGAGAACCAGGCGUUGGGCUUGUCCGCCCGGCAGAACCGUUUCCGGGUCGUCCCUCCCUGCCGUCGCUCAGACUCCGCCCAGGGUCUGGCGGACACUCCAAUCUCCGGCGGGCCCCAGCUGACGCUUGGUCGACCGUUCUCUUGCCUGUAUAAAAAAAACCAAACAAACAAAAAAACCUUCUGGAGCCGAAAACACACCUCCAGGUUUCCACCGUCUCCAGCUCGCCCACACGCGCGGACCACAUCUCAAUGGAGGAGUAAAGCCCCGGAAACGCAUCUGGGAAGCGGCCAUUUUGGAUCGCGUUGAGUAAGCGCUGCAGGCGGACAGUCCUGGCGGCCAUGUCUGGUAAGGGCAACCCAAGCCCUCAACUCAAUGGCUUCCCCAUGGCCCACUUCUCCUACUUCUUCCCUCACGUGUUGGGGGGGCUGUCCCCCCCACCCCUAUCCACGUUGCCCCUCAGCGGAUACAACACACCCUCUCCGGCCAUUCGCGACGGGAGCGCUCAAGCGAGGCUCUUUGAUGAGCGGUCCGUUCGUUCUACGGCUGCGUCGCGACGAGCGCACUCGCCUUCCCCGCCGAGCAAGGGACCGGCGCUCUUCCGACCCCUGGCCACGCGAACUCUCCGGAUGAUGUACGAGGGCGUGGACGUGGCGGGUCUGAACCCCAGCCCUUUCCUGAUGAUGGAUUACUACAGCCAGAGCCGGGCGUGUCUCCUCCCGGAGAAGGGGCUCGUACCCGGGCCGGCGCAUCCGUACGGAGCAUCCAUCAGGAACCAGCACUGGACUGGCUCGAAUCACUCCGUGGAGACACAGAGUACAAGUUCAGAGGAGAUCGUUCCGAGUCCCCCCUCACCACCACCUCCUCCACGCGUGUACAAGCCCUGCUUCGUCUGCCAGGACAAGUCGUCGGGUUACCACUACGGCGUCAGCGCGUGUGAGGGUUGCAAGGGCUUCUUCCGCCGGAGCAUCCAGAAGAACAUGGUGUACACGUGCCACCGCGAGAAGAGCUGCGUCAUCAACAAGGUCACGCGCAACCGCUGCCAGUACUGCCGCCUGCACAAGUGUCUGGAAGUGGGCAUGUCCAAGGAGUCAGUGAGAAAUGACAGGAAUAAGAAGAAGAAGGAGGAGAAGAAGCCGGAGUCGACGGAGAGCUACACUCUGAGUCCUGACACGGAGCAGAUGAUCGACAGGGUGCGGAGAGCCCACCAGGACACCUUCCCUUCACUCUGCCAGCUCGGCAAAUACACGACAAGCAACAGUUCCGAGAGGAGGGUGUCCCUGGACGUGGACCUGUGGGACAAGUUCAGCGAGCUCUCCACCAAGUGCAUCAUCAAGACGGUGGAGUUCGCCAAGCAGCUGCCCGGGUUCACCACGCUCACCAUCGCCGACCAGAUCACCCUGCUCAAAGCCGCCUGCCUCGACAUCCUGAUCCUGCGCAUCUGCACGCGCUACACACCGGAGCAGGACACCAUGACGUUCUCGGACGGGCUGACGCUCAACCGCACGCAGAUGCACAACGCCGGCUUCGGGCCGCUCACGGACCUGGUGUUUGCCUUCGCCAACCAGCUGCUGCCCCUAGAGAUGGACGACGCCGAGACGGGCCUGCUCAGCGCCAUCUGUCUGCUUUGUGGAGAUCGGCAAGACCUGGAGGAGGCUGAAAAAGUGGAUGUCCUUCAGGAGCCUCUGUUGGAGGCCCUGAAGCUCUAUGUGAGGAAGAGGAGGCCCCAUAAACCCCACAUGUUCCCCAAGAUGCUGAUGAAGAUCACAGACCUACGAAGCAUCAGUGCCAAGGGAGCGGAGCGAGUGAUCACUCUGAAGAUGGAGAUCCCUGGGUCCAUGCCUCCUCUUAUCCAGGAGAUGCUGGAGAACUCGGAGGGCCUAGAGAGCUCUGUAGGCGGAGCCAGCUCCCGGCCCGGCCCCGCCCCCACGGGCAGCUGUAGCCCUUCCCUCUCCACAAGCUCCGCCCAAAGCAGCCCGCCCACACAGUCGCCCUGACGGCAGUCUCCGCCCACCGCCCACCGACUACUGUGUCCCUUCCCCGACAUGUACCAGACAGACACACUUUUGCAGAGGUUCCUCUCGGAGACUGGUGGCCUGCGCGGAGCACGUGGAGCUGUUUGGGUUUCCUCCAUGAUCCUCCUCUUCCUCUCUUCUCUAUCGGACUCUGGCAAUUCUCUCUCUCUCUCUCAUUUGCUCUUGCAAUGUCUAUCGUUCGGGGCAUCUGAAAAAAAGACUUAAGAAGAGAGGGGGAGGGACGUUUGGGAGAACCCUCCAGGCUAAGUUGGACAGACAUUUGCAGAGGAAGAGGACAAACGUGUCAAAGCAAAAAGGUGGGCAGGACAAAGGAAUCCAAGGACUCGCAGAGUUUCCUCUCUCACUCCAACAUCUCAGGCGUGGACACCUGACGUAUGACUGAGUUAGCUGAACCUCCUCUUUUCCAGCUUACAAGAGACAGAUUUUUUACAAAAAAAAUAUAUGAAUAAAUAUAUAUAAAGAGAAAACUCAGAGUGACUGUGAUUGAGUUGAAAAACAGACUGGAAGAGUAGAUGCAGUUGUAUUUCUGCAAUGAUUUUUUUCUUUUCUUUUUACAACCAUUAGAGGAAAAGGGGAAAAAAUGAAGAGUUGUUGUUUGUUUCAGAUU